GUCUGCACCGGGCCACCGUCUCAUCAGAGUUACAGAGUGUUUUGUCCUUCUGCAGCCGCCGUCCCUGAUAUGAUUCACGGAGUUCCAGGACAGGGGAACUUGUGUUACGGAGGAGCCGGCUGGUGUUACCGGCACCAUGGAAUCACCUUUUAGUCCGGGACUUUCUCACAAGCCGGAUGAAGACUGGGAUUCUACCCUGUUUGCUGAACUUGGUUAUAUCACAGACACCGAUGAGCUACAACUGGAUGCUGGAAAUGAAACUUAUGAAAACAAUUUUGAUCAUCUUGAUUUUGAUUUGGAUUUGAUGCCUUGGGAGUCAGACAUUUGGGACAUCAACAACCAAUUCUGUACUGUUAAAGAUAUUAAGACAGAACCUCAGCCACUUUCACCAGCUGCCUCAAGUUGUUCAGUCUCAUCUCCUCGGUCAGUGGACUCUUGUUCUUCAACUCAGCAUGUCCCUGAGGAGUUGGAUUUGUCUUCUAGUUCCCAGAUGUCACCCCUUUCUUUAUAUAGUGAAAGCUGUAAUAGUCCCUCCUCAGCAGAACUCCUAAAGGAAGAUAAGCCCGUCAUUGGUCCUAGGAAUAAAACUGAAAAUGGACUGACUCCAAAGAAAAAAAUUCAGAUGAAUUUAAAACCUUCAAUUCAGCCCAAGCCUUUAUUGCUUCCAGCAACACCCAAGACUCAAACAAACUCCAGUGUUCCAGCAAAAACCAUUAUUAUUCAGACGCUACCAGCACUUAUGCCGUUGACAAAGCAGCAGCCAAUUAUCAGUAUACAACCUGCACCUGCUAAAGGUCAGACUGUUUUGCUCUCCCAGCCUACUGUGGUGCAGCUUCAGACACCUGGAGUUCUACCCUCUGCUCAGCCAGUCCUUGCUGUUGCUGGAGGAGUCUCACAGCUACCUAAUCACAUGGUGAAUGUGGUACCAGCUCCUGUGGCAAAUAGCCCAGUGAAUGGAAAACUUUCUGUGACUAAGCCUGUCCUCCAAAGUACCAUGAGAAGUGUGGGUUCAGAUAUUGCUGUGCUAAGGAGACAACAACGUAUGAUAAAAAACCGAGAGUCUGCUUGUCAAUCCCGCAAAAAGAAGAAAGAGUAUAUGCUGGGGCUAGAGGCAAGGUUAAAGGCUGCCCUCUCAGAGAAUGAGCAGCUGAAGAAAGAGAAUGGGUCACUGAAGCGGCAGCUGGAUGAAGUUGUAUCAGAGAACCAGAGGCUUAAAGUCCCUAGUUCAAAGCGAAGAGCUGUCUGUGUGAUGAUAGUAUUGGCAUUUGUAAUACUGAACUUUGGACCUUUGAGCAUGCUGGACCAGGAUUCCAGGAGAAUGAAACCUAGUAUGAGCCCUGCUAAUCAAAGGAGGCACCUUCUAGAAUUUUCUGCAAAAGAGGGGCAAGACACACCAGACGGUAUCAUCCAGAAAAAUAGCUACAGAUAUGAUCACUCUGUUUCCAAUGACAAAGCCCUGAUGGUGCUAAGUGAAGAACCACUGCUUUACCUUCCUCCGCCUCCUUGUCGACCCCUAAUUAACACAACAGAAUCUCUCAGGUUAAAUCAUGAACUUCGAGGGUGGGUUCAUAGACAUGAAGUGGAAAGGACCAAGUCAAGAAGAAUGACAAAUAAUCAACAGAAAACCCGUAUUCUUCAGGGUGCUCUGGAACAGGGCUCAAACUCUCAGCUGAUGGCUGUUCAAUACACAGAAACCAGUAGUAUCAGAAACUCGGGGAAUGAGCUACAAGUGUAUUAUGCUUCACCCAGAAGUUAUCAAGAUUUUUUUGAAGCCAUCAGGAGACGGGGAGACACAUUUUAUGUUGUGUCAUUUCGAAGGGAUCACCUGCUGUUACCAGCUACUACCCAUAACAAGACCACAAGACCAAAAAUGUCAAUUGUAUUACCAGCAAUAAACAUAAAUGAGAAUGUGAUCAAUGGGCAAGAUUAUGAAGUGAUGAUGCAGAUUGACUGUCAGGUGAUGGACACAAGGAUCCUCCACAUCAAAAGUUCAUCAGUUCCUCCCUACCUCCGAGAUCAGCAGAGGAAUCAAACCAACACCUUCUUUGGUUCCCCUCCAGCAGCCACAGACACAACCCAUGUUGUCAGCACAAUCCCCGAGUCAUUACAAUAGCACCUGCAGCUACAUUGGAAAACUAAGAGUGGCGCCCUGCCAAGGUGAAGAGCGGGUGAGAGAAAUGCUGCUUUAUCUGCCUUCUUGGUGCCAGGCAGAGACCUGCCUUGUGCUAGAAUUCAAGGGGAGAGAGAGGGAAAAAGGCUGCUGCUGCAUUUUACCAUCUACUUGGAAAACACAGGAAUUCAGACACAAGAGAACAACAUGUCUUCGGUGGCAGAUGUAGCCCUGGAUCCUCCCAUGUUACCAAGUGUGGAUUUUUUCUGUACCUCUCUAAACGGCUAUGCCCUUUGUAUUUGUUUUCUGUUUAAAUAGUCACCUUUUUUCAAAUAAGAUCCACCUCCCCUUUUUGCCAUUUUAUGUGUUGAUGCAGUAAAGUGAAUUUUUUUUAAAGCCGUACAGGACACAGAUGCUUAGAUGGUUUCCACUGAUCGGAUCUUUCAUUCACUUAAUACAAAACCAUUCUGAGUAUUGUGCUAUUUGAGAAGACAGAUUUCAAAAGCGAAUAGCCAAAAACAGUCCAGAAAGAGAAGAAACAAUUUGGAGCUUUAGAGGAAAGGGAAAACCCCCAGUUGGUAAAGUUUAUUUUUACUUAGGAUUUGUGGUUCAUACCUUAAUGAAUAACUGUUUGGGGGUAGCAAAUUUAGGAGAAUGAUAUGGAAGGGAAGGGUCGGUGGUAGAGUUUUGAGAAAAAGAGAUAGCUCUCAAAUUGAAAGUUUGAUGCAAUUAUAGUUUAAGACUUAAAACUUACAGUUACCGAUUGAGGGCUCUAGGCCACCAGAUACUAGCACACAUAUGUAAGGCUUCUCUUUACAGUCUAGGGCAUGUCUUCUGGGACCACAAGACAGAUCCAGCAUUUUCACUGUGAGUCCCCACCCCAUCACACAUCACCUGUUAAUAUGACACCAAAUUCAGCUGAGGACCACGGAGGUGACUCUAGACUGAAGCAAGACAGCUGUUUCUCUUGAGAAUUCACAAGUGUUUAUUCCUGAAAGCAGUGCAGACAGGCAACUCAGCAGAGUAGAUUCUUGCUGAGGGAGUGCAUCCCAUAAGAUGGCAAUAAUUUUCCGUCUCUUCAGUGAAAAGACAAUGAAGGAAUUAACUCUUUUGUCUUCCAUUGUAUAAGAAAAAGAAAGAGAAAAGGCCGUGUUUGCUUAUAUUUUACUGUAUUAUGCCUACUUUUUUCACCAUAGUAGACAAAUUAUGUUUCAUUUGAUGAAUUCACAGAAGUGAAACUCAGGGUGAUGACCUCCUCUCUCAUGUUGUACCUUCAACUCCUAAAGCGGGUCUUUCUCUCUCUCUCUUUCUCUAACACUUUUCAAUUUCUUGAUAGAACUCAUUCUACAAACAUGUCUUCUCACCCCCUCUGGACUUGCCAUGUCCUAUUUCUCCCCUUUCCAUUCCACACUAUAUCCCUCAAUUUUUCUUACUGCUAGCAAGAUAGGGAAAGGGAAAUUACAUCAACUCUCAAGAAUUACAUACAGCCUGUUAGUUUUUUGCCUGUGAAAUUAGGCCUGACUCUUGAACAUUUUAAAGACUUACCAACAUGUUUAGCUCUCUGGACAGGUGCCUCUGUGCCCAAGCCAGUAAAGGAAGGCUCUCUUCUUCCAUUACCUACAAAUCUGGAAUUUGUAAAGUGCUAGUUAACCUUUCUUCUUUUUCCACAGUACAAACCAUUUUAGGUGUGUGCAUCUCUCCCCUCUGAUUUGGUUAGCCUGGGUGAUUUUCAGACGAGAACGUUUUCCCUGGGGACCAGUCUUAUAAUGGGUGCCAAGGAACUGAAAGCAAAUGCCUAGAAGAUCAUCGGGCUACUGGGCAGUCUUCUCAUGGGGCAUUUUCCCCUGACCUGCUCCUCACGCUCUGUAAUGUGAAUUAGACCAACAAGAGGCUGUGAUUAUGGCCAGUUGGCAGUGGCUACAUAGUUGUCCCCCAGCUGCUGAUACUCUGCUGGAACUCCCUCAUUCUGCUGAUACACACACAGUGUGUGUGUAUUGAUGAUGACAGGAGCUCCCUCCUCUCCUUUGCACUGACUCACACAAGAAGGACCCAUCACAUGCACUUCUUGUUCUUAGCACUUUCCUUUUAAGAAGAAUACCAAUCCCACCUAAACUAUUCCAAAAAAUCAAGGAAGAAGGGUUCCCAAACUCAUUCUAUGAAACCUGUAUCAUUCUAAUACCAAAACCAGACCAAUAUGCAACACAAGAAGAAAACUAUAGUCCAGUAUCUCUGAUGAGCAUAGAUCUAAAACUCCUUACCAAACUGAAUUUACUACAGCACAAUAAAAAGAUCAUUCAUUGUGAUCAAGUGGGAUUCAUCCCAGAAAAUGCAAGAACGGUUCAGCAUUCACAAAUCAAUCACUGGGAUAUGUCCUAGCAACAGAAUGAAGGGCAAAAUCCAUAUCAUCAUUUUAGUUGAUACUGAAAAGCACUUUGCUUUAACCUUACCCCACUAUCCCCAGAUUUUUCUGCUUUUCUUUUAGCAAAUCCUCAGAGUAAAGGCUUCAACUAUGUCAUGUUCACCAACGGUAAUGGCUCUCUUAAAGGUGACACUUAGGAGGGAGUCACAGCUAAAGAGCUGUCAGAUGUUGGGAGGGUUGGCAGCCCCAGCCACGGAGCUAAGAGUACCGGUGAAGUGGUGUACCCAAGCAGUCAGGAGCCUUGCGUUUUCUUUUCCCUCACUGGCCCUUCAGCUCCUUGUCAUUACCUGUUCUUGAAUUAACCUCUUUGAGAUGAGGGAAUAGGAUUCUCCUCAGGGUAGAGUUUCAGGAAAUGAGUGAAAGGCAACUGACAAAGGCAAAGAAAUAGUCUACUUUUUAAAUUGCUGGUAUAGCUAUUAAUCCCUGGGCACAAUUAGUUUCUAUUAAUAUUUGUGAGCUAACACAGGGCCCUUUGGGAAGUGGAAAAUUGCUAUGCCAUAUUAAUAAACUAAGUGGGCAUCUGGGCUUACUUGAGGGGGAGGGAGAUGGAAUUAACUUCUAGGGGUUGCAGCCAGAAAUUGUGGGAGAUAUGUAUAUAUAUUUUUUUAAUUUAUUAAGUUUUGAAAUGGGACUUUGCAAACUUGUGAUAAAAUUAGGUAAACCCGUGAGGAGGCAAGUCUUCCUGUUAUUAGAUGAUUUUGUGCCCUUUGGGCCCAUAACACUACAAUCUUGGGAAGUGAUGGUGGAGACUGAUGGGAACCAUCUUUCUGCCUUGUUGAAAGUCCCCAAUUUUUAGGUUUAAUGAAAGUAAGUGGGUGUUUUCUCAUGUUAACUAUUGAGUCAGGAGUUAGAGGCUUUUACCUCUUAGAGUUAACUCAUACUGGCAACACAGGGUCACAGCUUCAUUAGAGUGUUAGUGUAAACUAAUUCCAAAGUUAAGAGUUAAUAUGAAAGACAGAUGUAUUGUUUGCCAUCCAUGUAGUAUAGGAACUUUACAUUGGAUUACUGGGUUUGUGUUCUCAUACAUAAAAAAUCCUUCAUAAUUGUAAAAGCUCAGAGCAUCUUCCAAUUUAUUUUUAAAUGACUAAAGUUCCAGCACGAAACUGGCAUUUCCUUGCCUUUCCUUGCUAACAAGAAGUAGACAAGAGGUAUGAGUCAUUCUUGAAUGUUCCAAAUGAAUUUAGGAAAAGACAAGGAACUUGGGAUUCAAACUGAUUUUUCUAUCACUUUAAAGAGACAUUGUCCUAAUUAAAUCCCUGGCCUGAACCUUCCUUGUGGAUGUGUAUCCUCAGUAGUCACAGCAGCGGAGAUGCUGACCAGACCCUGUCACUGUGGCAUUUAGCGUGAUUAAUGCGAGAGAUCGCCCGAGCUCUUCACCACUUUCAUACUAAUUUUUUUUUAUUCUUGCCAUUUUUCUAAGCUCAGGUUCUGAAACUUGACAGGAAUGUAUCACAGGAAAAAACUUGUAUUUGACUUUCUAACACAUUGAAAACUUUCAAAGCGACUUCCAAUUUCAACAACUUAUUAGAAGUAACCACUUUUUGCUUUCACAGCCUGAAGAGCCAGAGUCUGAUCCAAUGGCCCCUUGUAGUCUGACCUCAUGGAAACUUUCCGCGCAUGAAAGCCUUCUAUCCCCUGCAUACUGACGGGCUGACUCAGCUUCCUUUGGCAGACUGAGGCCUUUUCAUGCUAUCGGCUAUUUCACACAAAUUAACCAUUCAAGUAAGAUUGCUUAUGGCCAAAAUUGAUAGACACCCAUUAUCACCUAUGGAUCCCAUAUUCCUUGCCAGAAUGUCCUGGCUCAUUUUAAUUUAUAGAAAUUACAAUCUCCGCUGCUAAUAUAAAUACCAAUUAUAACUUUUACCUUAAAAAGAAUAAAGCCUAAAAGAAAGAGAAAGAAAUAUGAAAAUUUUUCAUCCCUACCCCUAAUAACAAUUGAAAGGGGAAAUUCCUGUUUUCCCCCACCCACAGGGUUUGUGAUUGAUUUUUAAUUAUUUGGGGAAUAGACUACUCGACUACCUAAAGACAUUACCAGAGUCCAAAAAGAACUACGCACAUAAAAGAAAUGCAUUUUUUCCCCUAGUAGAAUUUGUUCUAUUAACUUAUAUUUUUAACAAAUAAGCUUAAAACAAAAGUUUAUUUUGAGUAAGACUAAAACUUUUAGCAGUUCUAAUAUCUGUUGUUAGCUGUCAGGUGCAGUAGAAUUUAUAAAAAGAAUGACAAAGGUAUCAGGAAGUUCAGUCUUAUGUAUGAAUCAUGUCGUGGCUAGCCACUGCUGUCACAUAGUGGACACCAUUUUCAACAUAUUGGUUUGCUAACUUUAAGCAUUAAGGAUUUAUUACACUAAAAGGCUUACAUUAGGCUUGAGAACCAAGGAGUAAAUAAAUCAUAAUUUAUCAUUUACCAAGAUCAACAAACACCGCACUGUUGUCCCCAGUGAAGUUGGCGACCAUUAGUUAAAUAAACCAGCAGGCUGGGCAUAUACCCCCGUAUGCUAAUCACAGCCAGAGAUGAGCAGUUUAACUUUCACAGCAGAUGUAUAUUAAACCAUGUUAACUCAUACUCAGCCCUAAUUUCCAGGCCAGUCACCAGGAAAGAGGAGAUGAUGAGGAAAAGGAGUUUUAGAUGGAAACUACUAGCCUCAGAGAUACCCUGUUUCCCCGAAAAUAAGACAUCCUCCGAAAAUAAGACCUACUUACAGGAACGAUAAGUCAUCCCCUGAAAAUAAGACCUAGCGCAUCUUUGGGAGCACACCUUAAAAUAAGACACUGUCUUAUUUUGGGGGAAAUAGGGUACUAGUUUCCUGUUCUCAUCAUGUUGCCAAGUGUGAUUGAGGUAACAGUGCUUCACUUACAGAACCAUUAGAACCUGAGGAGAGAGUGUUAGAGUGCUGUUUCACCAGGAUUUUCUUUCCAAGGUUGUAGCCAUGCUAAUUUAAGAACAUGUUACAAAUAAGGAGGGGAGGGAGGGAAUGGUAUAUGUUGGUUUAUAGUACCUAAAGAAAUAACAACAAUUUCAUACUUCGAAGCAAGUCUUUAUAAUGAAAUACUUGUUCUUUCUCUGAAAUUCAAAUAAAGAAUUUUUAAACUUG